AUGUCUGGACGCGGCAAGCAAGGAGGCAAGGCCCGCGCCAAGGCCAAGACUCGCUCUUCCCGCGCCGGGCUGCAGUUCCCGGUGGGCCGCGUGCACCGCCUGCUGCGCAAGGGCAACUACGCCGAGCGGGUGGGCGCCGGGGCUCCCGUCUACCUGGCCGCCGUGCUGGAGUACCUGACGGCCGAGAUCCUCGAGCUGGCCGGCAACGCGGCCCGCGACAACAAGAAGACGCGCAUCAUCCCCCGCCACCUCCAGCUGGCCAUCCGCAACGACGAGGAGCUCAACAAGCUGCUGGGCAAGGUCACCAUCGCCCAGGGCGGCGUCCUGCCCAACAUCCAGGCCGUCCUCCUGCCCAAGAAGACCGAGAGCCACAAGGCCAAAGGCAAAUAGAAAAAGCUUCUCUCGGUUUCGGUUCUUGCGGGUACUUUUCCAGCUGCGGUA